UCCGCGCAUGCGUAGUUGUGAGUUUUGUUUGAAGUGAAUUGCUGCUUGGAACUGCCCUACAAGCUGCAAAGUCGCCAAGUAUUUAUUUUUUAUUUUUUUUACAACACAUCUUUGUAAUUUGCUCAGGUGUGUUUGGCGCUUCUUUGCAUCGCAGAGACGAUGUUAGGCCAUCAUUAUCAGAAUGCGGACAAGUCGCAGCAACUAGUCAACUAUGUGGAGGAUUACCUGGAAUGUGUGGAGUCCCUGCCUCUGGACAUACAAAGAAAUGUUUCUCUGCUUCGAGAAAUUGAUGCAAAGUAUCAAGAGGUGCUGAAGGAGGUGGAUGAAGUGUUUGAGAAAUACAAAGGUGAACAGGACUCUGCUCAGAGAAAGCGGCUGCAGAUCCAACUGCAGAGAGCGCUGAUCCUCAGCCAGGAGCUGGGAGAUGAGAAAAUCCAUGUAGUGACUCAGAUGACCGAGCUGGUGGAGAACCGUUCCCGCCAGAUGGACUCUCACUCCCUCUGCCUUCAGGAGCCCAGCGAAGCCGAGCGGCUCACCACGGAGCGACGGUCCAGCAUCCAGGAGUCCCCGGCCCCUGAACGCACCUCCAACCGUCGCCCGAGACGCCAGCGGAACAGCGAGAGUCGCGACUCCACCCACCUGUCUGCCAACGGCUCCCUGGUGGAUGAUCCCGUGGAUGAACUACCCGUGCCCCCGCCACGAGAAAAGAAGUCCAAGUCUUCAAAGAAGAAAAAACGCAAAUCCAAGCAGGAGCGAGACGCCUCGCCAGUGGACUUCACCAUCGACCCCAAUGAGCCCACCUACUGUCUGUGCGAGCAGGUCUCCUACGGGGAGAUGAUCGGCUGCGAUAAUGACCAGUGCCACAUUGAGUGGUUCCACUUCUCUUGUGUGGGUCUCACCUACAAACCCAAGGGAAAGUGGUACUGUCCCAAAUGCAGAGGAGACAACGAAAAGACAAUGGACAAAAGCCUGGACAAGAACAGAAAAGAUCGCAGGUCCAGGUAGUGACUCACCGGGAACUCGUCUCCAUCCUGAGGAAAGAACAGGUGCUGCUUUAGGAGCACAAAUGAAUAAUUAGCCACAGCACUUAGAAAUCAAGAACUUGGAGAAAUAAACUGGUUCCUGCAGGCUGCUGGGAGCCAAGCUGCUUUAUAUGAAGCUGCCCUCUUCCACACAAUUGCUGUUUUUAUAAGAUUUAUUUUAGAUUCAAAAUUUGUUUUAAUUUGAAUAAAGUAUGAAGACAAUGAAAGCUUUCUUAGACUUUCUUAAACCUUGUCGCUCUGGACUAGAUUCCUGUGAAGAAAGAUAAUCCAGUUGUUCUUAAGUUUUGGCUGCAUUUUUUCUUUAAUUGAGGAUUUUUAAUAAGUUCUGACUGAUCAGAAUCUGUGUUAAACUCUCUUCAUACAUUGAUGAAUUCUAAAAGAGAGCCUUAAAAGUUAAAUAUGUUCAUCUCAUCAGAGACUCAUAAUUUCAUUUGGGAAAAGAUUGUUGAUGGGAGAUUGAUAUAAAAUUGUUUGUGUUUUCACCAUUAUGUAUUUUUGUUUUUUACCCAUUAAAACAAUCAGUGGUUACAAACUUA